UACAUAAGAAUUAUACUCUUAAAUACUCGUAUGCACGAGGGUUGGUAUUUGGUAAUUGGUGUGGUUGACUUGGCUGCUUUUGCUUAUUAUCUUUCUUUCCGCAACCACAUACAUAUAUCUUCAUCUUGAGCUAAGGGAAAAUUUUCUAUAACGGGUACGAAUUCUUAAUAGUAAUGUGUAUAAACGUUGAUAAUAUGGACGAAUGACGCAUAUUUCCGGAUUAUUUACCACAUAAUUUAUUCAAACCUAUACAUUAAGCGCACAUACAAAUUAUCGUCUUUGAAUGACAUGAGUUUAAAACUUUUCCAAAAUGUUAACCAUUCCAGUAGUUUCGUUGAUCAGUUUAUUCGGUUUCAGCAGAAUUCUAUCCCAAGAAACCGAAAACUAUAUUUUCGACAUAAGGUAUCCUUUAAUAUUUUCUUACAGCAAAACUGAAGAAUUUACUUACUUUGGUGCUACUGUGGCUUUUGCCCCCGGACCUUCGGAGUAUGACAAAGAUAGGCCUUCUGCAUGGAUAUUUAUCGGAGCACCUACAAAAAACUCUCCUUCAAGUGGAAAUAAUCAACCAGAAGGUGUAGUGUGGAGGUGUAGCAUUGGGCGAGGCUAUGAAGAUUCCACAGCCAGAAGCGAAAUUUGCAAAAUGGUUAACAUUGAUCCAGCCGUCAAAUCACGCCGUGAUGGAAAUGGAGCCCCAUUUCUGGAGGAGCACGACUUCAUGUGGACGGGAGGCAGUUUGGAAAUUAGGGAAGGGAGGCUCGUCACCUGCGGUCAUCGUCACACUCGUGGGGGCAAAAGUUACAUGAAUGGGCUUUGCUAUUUCUUCAAUGAGACGAGUUCCUUGAAAAGCGAGUCUUAUAUAGAGCAAGACGGACCUCAACCAACGCGGCACUCCCACAGGCUGCUUCCUUUCUUCAUUCCAGAGCCGCCAAGGACUAAUGACAAAGAGCAAAAUUUUAAUUUCACGACUCCCAAAGAAGAUUUGGAGAGUGGUCCGGAAUGGGGAAUGGGCCAAGUCGGCACAUCGCUCCACAUCGUUCCGAAGAUAAGUGCAAAUGACGUCCAAGAGGUUUUAUUGGGGGCUCCAGGAGCUAGAAUGUGGUCAGGAGCAGUGGUUCGCUACAGAGAUAACUCCUCGAAUGAAACAGGACCGAAUUUCCGACUAAAUCGAGACUUGAAAAGUGCAAUUUUUUCAGAGUUUGUAACUGGUCACAGGGGGCUUAAAACUCAAAAGGAUGGUCAUUGGUUCGAAUAUUUUGGGUAUGGAUUAUCAUCCGGUAAAUACUUUGACGAAGAAAAGGUUUACUACGCUGGAGGCGCUCCUAGAGGAAAAAACCUACUUGGUGACGUCGUGAUCUUUGACUUUACAUAUAAUAGCAGUACUGAACAUGUGGAUGAAGAAAUCUACAAACGGCAAAUUAACCCCAUUUUAACCAUUUCACCAACAAUGGAUACAUUUGGAUCAUAUUUUGGAUCAGUUUUAUUCAGUUUGGAUGUGGAUGGAGAUGGCAGGGACGAACUCAUGAUUAGUGCCCCACAUUUCGGUUUUGCACGAACUCGAUCCAAGCGUGGCGUGACUCCACAAGAAUGGUCAGGAGAUCAUGGAUGCGUUUUCGUCUACUUUUUCAACGCAAACAAGUCCAUUAAUGGAGAGCCUCAUGUUAUUCAAUCCAAUACACAAGCUCCUGGGGCUCGAUUUGGUUCUUCAAUUUCAUAUACAAAUACUUGGACCAGUUCCGUCAGAAAUAUUUUAAAGGCUCGUACUUAUCUCAUAAUCGGAGCCCCAUAUGAAAGCAGUGGUCGAGGGGCAAUUUAUAUCUUCACCUUUGUGUCCCCUAAUUUUAAACUUGUCCAGAAAGUAUUAGCUUCGGAACUUUCGCACGAACUCUUUGGGUUUGGCUCCUCGAUCUCCUUGCCUUGGGAUGUGGACUUGAACGAGACUCCUGAUAUUGCAGUUGGGGCUUAUCCAAGCAGCCAAGUUGUAGUCAUUAGAACCCGUCCUACAGUUUUCAUAGAGGGGGAGGUGCUGUUUGAAGAUAAGUCCCGUGGCUCAAUGAAGGACGGAAAAAUAUCUAAAACUUCCAAAACCUUUGUUAUAAACUCUUGCAUCAAAGUUGUGGAAGUUGUUGGGAAACCAAAGGACAUUGACCUGUUUGUGACUCUCACGUUUGACCAACGAUUGAGUAUAAAUAAGACCGUCCCAAGAUUACACAAACAGCACGACAAAACAUAUCUUUAUCGGGAAAACAUUGACCAAAUUUCAAAGGACGACACAAUAUGUUUUAGGAAUUUGGAGGUGGUUAUCAAUCCCAGUACAGACAUUGACAUCUCCAAGUCGUACGAAGUAGUCCAAUCCAUUUGGUAUAAUUUCACAAUGUUACCGAGCCGAUCAGAUAAAAUGGAAAACAUAUCAAUUUUACAAUACAAAAUUUCAAGUUUGGGAACAGUAACAAAAUCGGGAACAGCAGAAUUGGCAGAUUUCCAACCAAAUUUACCAUACCCCAUCCAGCGAAUUUCUCAAACAUUUUUUGCCGACAUUGCACCGAAUGACUGUCAAAAAACAAUAUGUAAACCUGAUCUACGUUUUAAAGCAGAAUGGUUUGAUGUUGUAAAAAAUCUGACGUUAGAUUCGCACUCUAAUCAAUCGAACCCAAUAAUUUUGGGUUCAAUAUCCAAAGUAGUGUUCAAACUUGUGAUAUCCAACUUUAAUGAAACUGCAAUCAGACCCAGCUACUCUAUAGAGUGGCCACGAAAUAUUGGAGUUGUCGUUGAUGAUGAGCAAAUGGCGAACAAAGAAAAAGAUGCAUCUGACAAUUUAUUUGUGUUCUUGCAAACGGACAGUUGCAAAGAAAACAAUCUGGCCUCGAAAAUAGUUUACAACUGCAUUUUUCCCAACGAUAUCACGCAAGCUGCGCCAGUGACUCUAAUGAUUCCGCUGAGUUUCAAGAAUGCUUAUGCAACUCAAUUGUCAAACAACUUCAACUUCACUAUUGAUUUUUCUAUGCGACCGAAAGAUGCGGAUAAGAGAACUCCUCCUUUAAGUUCUUGGCUGCUACUGAAAGCAAAUUCUAAAAUAGAGUUGAUUGGGUCAAAGAUGAAAGUCACGGGACUGGUUUCUAAACCUGGACGAAAUCAAACCGAAGAUGGAGAAAUUUCCGGAAAAACAAAACUUGUUGAAUGGAAACAAACUUAUUGGGUUCACGUUAAAGGAAUUAGCGGUGUCAAAGUUUAUGUCCAACUUGCAUUUCCUUAUUCCAGAAAAAAUUCUGAUGCUUCAACGAGUGUUAUAAUUCGGACUAAAAUUGCCAGUAACAACACGUUUUGUAAAUCGGAUCAGGAAAAUGACCAGCAAAUUGAGUUUGCACAUGUUGACCACCUGCUCCCAUCAUCGGAAGCAGGUGGAUCUGUAAAUGGGGAUGACAUUAAGCCUUCUGGCAUACAAGAAGGAAAAAUGAAAAUUUUGGGAUUUCCGAAAACUUUUAAAGCAUUAAAUGAUGAUGCCUUGAUGAUAAAGUGCAACAAAAAUCAUCCAGAUAUUGCAUUUGAUUGCUUUCUAAUAAAUUGCGACAUUAUUGUACUUGGAGAGAGUUCAGUUGAACUGGGAUUUGAGCUGACCAUGAUGAAGAAUGACCCUGAUUUUAUGCUCAGCGAGGAACAGAUGCAAGAUCUUCUGGUCGUGUCGUAUGGAUAUGCCAGGACCGUUUUUGAAGCUGAAUUUGUGAAUGACACCGCUCAAACCCUUUUCAAGCAUGCAAUUUCUCCCGUUGGUGCCUGGGUCUAUGUAGUUUCAAUCAUUGUCGGCUUCUUGAUAUUGCUCUGCAUUGGAUUCUUACUACAUAAGGUUGGGUUUUUCAAGAGGCAAGAGAAGGAAAAGUUGGAGCUAUUGAAAUCUGAGGCACGAAAAAGUGUAAUGAUUCCAAAUUUUAAAACGGACGAAGUAUGUUUGGAACAGCAAUAAAAUUAUAAAAACUUCAAUUUAUAUCAUCAAUCUCAGGAUACGGAAUGAUUAUACUUUUAUAUUAUUGAUUACUUGUGAAUAAAAAUAUGUGGCUUUUUAACA